UUGGAUGUUUACCUGGGUACCCAACAAAGCAAACAUACUAAAACAGCGUGUUUCGGUACCCGAUAACCACAGGCAACCAGUCAACCACGCCUCGUCGUCGCUCACAAUUCACUCUGCCUUAGCUUCUCAGCAAUGGCACUACAACAUUUUUUCACCACACUCUUCUUCUCUCUCUUCAUCGCCUUCCUUUCUUCCUCUUUCCAACCUCUAGCAUCAUCAUCAUCGCCAUUCAACCAUCCCCCGCGGUUCCCAACCACAACAAAUCCCCCACGGUCCCAAGCCCGGCCCAAUGAGGCCCAGGCACCAGACUACCGCUACGAAACCCGAUACUUCACGCAGCAACUCGACCACUUCAGCUUCUUGGAGCUCCCCACUUUCCAGCAGCGGUACCUCAUCAACACCGAGAACUGGCUGGGCCCACAGCGACUGGGCCCCAUCUUCUUCUACUGUGGCAACGAAGGGGACAUAGUAUGGUUCGCCGAAAACACCGGAUUCGUAUGGGAAAUCGCGCCACAGUUCGGCGCCAUGGUGGUUUUUCCCGAACAUCGUUAUUAUGGUGAGUCAGUGCCUUAUGGGAGCAGAGAAGAAGGCGCUCGCUGACUUUGCUGUUCUGAUCACUGAUCUGAAGCAGAACCUUUCGGCCACGGAUUGUCCUGUUGUCUUGUUUGGUGGAUCUUAUGGUGGAAUGUUAGCAGCAUGGAUGAGACUCAAGUACCCUCAUAUUGCUAUUGGGGCACUUGCUGCUUCAGCUCCAAUUCUCCAAUUUGAAGACAUUGUGCCGCUUGAAACGUUCUAUGACAUUGUUUCCAGUGAUUUUAAGCGUGAGAGUUCUACUUGCUUUAACUACAUAAAACACUCGUGGAAUGAGAUAGCAUCAAUAGGUCAGACGCGUAAUGGCCUUGUGCAACUGUCCAACACUUUCCACUUCUGUCGGCCAUUGAAUAAGACUGAUGAUCUAUGGAACUGGUUGGAGUCUGCAUAUAGUUAUUUGGCAAUGGUGGACUACCCAUAUCCUGCUAACUUUAUGAUGCCUUUGCCUGGACACCCCAUCAAGGAGGUUUGCAAACGGAUUGAUGGCCAACCUGCUGGGACUAGUCUUCUGGAGCGCAUCUAUGAAGGAGUGAAUGUCUACUACAAUUAUACUGGAGAAACUAAGUGUUUCGAGUUGGAUGAAGAUCCUCAUGGCCUGAGUGGUUGGAACUGGCAGGCUUGCACUGAAAUGGUUAUGCCAAUGUCUUGUGACCCAGAAUCCAGCAUGUUUCCCCCAUACAAGUUUAAUUACUCUGAUUACGAAGAAGGAUGCAUCAGAAAUUACGGAGUGAAGCCAAGGCCGAAAUGGAUUACUACCGAGUUUGGUGGACAUAAAAUUGAUGCCACCUUGAAGAAAUUCGGAAGCAAUUUGAUUUUCUCAAAUGGCCUAUUGGAUCCAUGGAGUGGUGGCAGUGUUUUGCAGAAUAUAUCUGAAAGUGUUGUUGCCCUUGUCACUGAAGAAGGUGCACACCACCUAGAUUUGCGUGCUUCGACACAGAAUGAUCCUGAUUGGCUUGUGGAGCAGAGGGCUACCGAGAUCAAGCUAAUCAAAGGUUGGAUCACUGAGUACCAUCAGAAAAAUAAGGUCAUGUUCGAUAUUUAGUGUAAAACUGUAAAUGUUGAAUUGCUUUAUCAUUGUUCGGUAUAGCUGAACGAAAAAAGCAUGCGACAAAAAUAAACUUCUAUGUAUCAAAAGCAUGCGAUUUUGUAUAUUAGUUAAAAAACAAAUGCAUGUAAUUCAGAAUGGAGCACAAAUAGUUACAACUUACAAUUCACAAGUCUGAUCAAGUGAGAGUGAUUGUAAAUAAUUUUACAAAUGCCUAAAACUUCAAAUGCUAGCUAAUAAAUAGUUACAAAUUACAAUUA